AAGUACCCGUUUGGUUCAACUUUUAGAGCCUAAAAGUUGCGUUUUGCAAAACGCUGGCCCAAAAAUUGCGUUUGGUUAUUACAAAACGCAACUUUGGGUCAAAAGUUGCGUUUUAAAAAACGCCCAAAACGCGCCUCAGUCCUUAUGCGAAGCAUCAGGUCCAUUUUCCAAAAGUCCUUGGGCGUUUUGGGGUAUCCGUUGGGGUGAGCAGGCAAUUACGAAAUUACCCUUCAAAUGCUCAUGUCUUCAGAGAUCGCACAGGCACUUCAUUUCACUUUGGGUCUCUCUGCUCUGCGCAAGCUCCUUCGUUCCUCUCAUCUCUGUGCUGCUACAAGUAACAACUUUCCGCGCGUAGAGUUUUGAUCAAAAAAACCCCAAGCAACACGGAUCUGCUACCCAAAGCCACCAGAUGGGUAAAAAGACUACUUCCAACUCUGAGGUAAAAAAGGCUAGAGCAGACUGGGAUAUUAAUCCAACGUGGACAACUACCUUUUGUAACAUUUGUGUGGAACAAAUUCAAGCCGGGAAUAGAACAAAAGGUGCUGGCUUUAGUACCAAAGGUUGGGUCAAUUUGGUGACCAAAUUUUGUAAUGAGACCGGUCUAAACUAUGAUAAGGACCAAUUAAAAAGUAGGUGGGAUGUAUUGAAAGGUGACUGGAGAGUGUGGGAAAGAUUGAAGAAUCUUGACACAGGUUUAGGUUGGGAUGCAGAGAAGGGAACGAUUGCUGCUCCUGAUGAAUGGUGGGACCUAAAGUUGAAGGAAUUACCCAAAGCCAAAAAGUUUCGAGAGAAAGGUCCACAGAAUCUAGAACAACUUGAUAUAAUGUUUAGAGAUGUUGCAGCAACUGGGGUAGCUGCAUGGACCCCUUCUUCAAAUACACUCCCUCCAACAAUGCCAGAAGAGGGUGCUGGUGAUUCAGAUGGUAGCUCCGAAUUUAAGGAUAACCAAUGUGACAUGAGUUUAGACAUUGAUAGUUUGCAGCAAGGACAAACUAGUCAAUCACGUAGUUCAGGACAAAAGCGAACUAGUGUAUCAAUACCCUCACAGAAGAAAAAGAAGAAGAUAGGAGGAGCUGCAAUGUUGGACGAUCGUAUGUGUCAAUUAAUAACUGCAUGUCAAAAUAGGUCUGAAGGUACUUCUCGAGAGUCACCAAGUUCAAUUGAUAAUGUUAUGACGAUUGUGAGAGCACUUCCUGGAGUGGAAAGUUCGUUCGUGGUUCAAGCUUCCUAUAUCUUACUAAAAAAGUCACGUAGGGAGAUGUUCCUAACUUUCAAGGACCCAGAGGUACAGCUAGAGUGGCUACAAGGAAUGAUUUAUAACCAAAAGAAGUGAACAACUUUAUGUUGUAUUAACUUUAAACUAAGUUAGCUAUGUUGUAUUAACUAUGUUGUAUUAGCUAUAUUGUAUUAACUUUAAACUAAGUUAUGUGACAUUUAGUAUUAGCUUUGGACUAAUAUGUGUAAUGUAAACACAUUUGAAAUUUUCAUUACAAUGUUAUGUACUUGAUAUUUUAAAUUGUC